AAUCCGUCUUCUUCCUGAGCUCAUACAUGACUUCACGACUAACGUUACAGAAGUUGUGAAAAUUGCAGUUGCAGUCAGGCCGACGAAGAUGACGGAAAGCUCCGCGAGCAAGCCGUUUAACGGGGACGCCUGUCAACGGACCUCGAACGGCAAAAAAUCGAGCAAAAAUGGCUUCGUGAAGAACCACUGCCUGUUUCAACAGCCACAGAAGUAUCGUCGCCCCAGGGAGAAGAACCAAAAUGUCACACACAACUCCAGCCUGUACAAGAAACCCUUUGUGGAGUCUUUUGAGGAGACUCCUCUCCUGGUGGCCGUGCUGACCUACAUGGGCUACGGCAUCCUCACCAUCUUCGGCUACCUCCGAGACUUCCUCCGCCACUGGAACAUUGAGAAGUGCCACGUGGCCCGAGAGAGAGAGGAGCAGAAGGAUUUCGUCCCACUCUAUCAGGACUUUGAGAACUUUUACACCAGGAACUUAUACAUGAGGAUCCGAGACAACUGGAACCGACCCAUAUGUAGCGUCCCUGGUGCCAAGAUGGACCUGGUGGAGAGAGUUUCCCACGACUACAACUGGACCUUCGAGCACACGGGCAAAGUGGUGAAGGAUGUCAUCAAUAUGGGCUCGUACAACUACCUCGGCUUUGCUGAGAACACGGGGGCUUGUGCCGACGCUUCUGUUGAAGCCACGCAAAAGUACGGGGCUGGAGUGGGCAGCACUCGCUGUGAGAUGGGGAAUCUGGACAUCCAUGAGGAGCUGGAGCAGUUGGUUGCCAGGUUCCUGGGUGUUGAGUCAUCCAUGGCUUUUGGUAUGGGAUUUGCAACCAACUCUAUGAACAUUCCUGCUCUCACUGGGAAGGGUUGUCUUAUCCUGAGUGACGAGCUGAAUCACGCGUCGCUGGUGCUCGGAGCCCGUCUGUCUGGCUCCACAAUUCGGGUCUUCAAACACAACAACAUGCAAAGCCUGGAGAAGCUGCUGAGAGAUGCUAUUGUACAUGGGCAGCCGAGAACCCACCGACCCUGGAAGAAAAUCCUCAUUGUGGUGGAGGGCAUAUACAGUAUGGAGGGGUCCAUAGUGCGUCUGCCAGAGGUCAUUGCUCUGAAGAAACGCUACAAGGCCUAUCUGUACCUGGAUGAGGCCCACAGUAUCGGGGCACUGGGACCUAACGGUAGGGGAGUGGUGGAUUACUUUGGCCUGGAUCCCAAAGAUGUGGACAUCAUGAUGGGAACGUUCACCAAGAGCUUUGGUGCUGCCGGAGGAUACAUUGGAGGCAAAAAGGAGCUGAUUGACUACCUGAGGUGCCACUCUCACAGUGCUCUGUAUGCAACCUCCAUGUCCCCUCCUGUGGCCCAGCAGAUAAUCACCUCUAUGAAGAUCAUCAUGGGAGAGGACGGGACCUCACUGGGCGCUGACCGCCUCAGACAGCUAUCAGAGAACACCACCUACUUCCGCAGGAAACUCCGCGAAAUGGGCUUCAUCAUCUACGGCAACGAUGACUCGCCUGUCGUGCCAAUGAUGCUCUACAUGCCUGCCAAAAUUGGGGCAUUUGGUCGGGAGAUGUUGAAGAGGAACAUUGGCACGGUGGUAGUCGGCUUCCCGGCAACGCCCAUCAUCGAAUCGAGGGCACGUUUCUGCGUUUCAGCUGCUCAUACCAGAGAGAUGCUCGACACAGCGUUGGAGGCCAUCAGUGAAGUGGGCGACCUGCUGCAGCUGAAGUACUCCAGACGUGAACAGCCUCUUCCCUCUCUGGGGUGGAUGUCUGAGGAGAGCCUGCUGCAGGACUGAGCCACAUUAUCCCCUCCAGCCCCUCGGCCCAUUUCACCUUCCCUCCCUUUCUUCACCUUUUCUCGUCUGAUAUCCCUCAUUUUCCUCUGAGCCAGUCUCUCCAUGUCUCCUUACGUCAAGCUCCAGAGGACUCACCAGAACCAAAGUCUUCACUAUGGUCCACCCCAUUUUAAAACCUGCACACUAGCAUCGCUCAUUAGCCUGUGUGCACUCUGUGGCCUGCCUAGCUUCUUCACCCCUAACAGGGGAGGACCAAAAUCUCCCACGUCUUUGUGUCGGUCGUUACAAAGUGCGUUCAGAGCCUUUCAGUUUGUCCUAACUUAUUGUGACUGCAUCGGUUUAACGUCAAGUCUUAUUCCUGUGUGCACACUGAAUGUGUAUCUUAUUUGUGCAAUAAUAACAACAAUGUGGAGUUUCUUUGUCAAACAACCUGGAGCAAAGUAGACUGAUUUUUUUUUUUUUUUUUUUUUUUUUUUUUUUUUUGCCAUGAGUUUCUACUCGUGCACUUGGAGAAAAAGAAAUCUGAUCAUAGCCAUUGCUAUGAUGCACUCAAAAGGAAAAAAUUAUAUAUGUAAAUAUUAUUUAUCCCGAAGUUGGUAAAACUGCCUUAGGGUAGCAUCCCAAACCUCAAAGAGAGAUCCGUUAUUUCACAGGAGUAACAUAAGCAUGUGUUCUCCAUAUGUAUUUAUCUGACGGCUUUUUUCCUAAUCACUUUUACUUGAAUAAAGAGUUAAGAAUAUUGGGUUCUUUCCCUCACCAAAGGAUAUAUAUGUAUAGAUAUAUUUUCUACCUUUUCUCUUAAAAUGCAAAGUAGAUGUUCCAAAAGAAAACAUUUAACAGGGAAAGAAUCCCAGGGAGCAAGAUUAAGGAGUAUUUUUACUGCUUAUUUUCUAGAAAUAUUUUUCAGCCUUAUUUACUUGUUUACACCUGCACUCAAAAACUUGAGCCCAGUGUCUUUAACAUUUCUAUAAGCUAAUGAGCUACGUGUGAUUGUUAUUUUUACUUUUGUUUUUAUUUUCGUUCAAUCACUCUCACUUAAGUGCUUUCAAGCGAAGCAGCGUCGACACCCAUCUCUGAGCACGAUGACACGCUGUAACUAGGAUCUGUAUGUAUGACGAUGCUGUGCCCAUGCUUAUCUGAUAUACAGACAGCUUUAUUUAUUUACCAUCCUUCGGCUAAUGUACUUUUGUGAAAAAUGUUAACUAUUACCUGAAAGGCAGCUCCAAAGGUGUCCCAGUGGAAGAUGUGUAUUUUAAACUGACUGCUUACACGUCUUAACUUCAGUGCAGCACUACUGACAGGCAUUAUAAAUGCACAGAUGACGUAGUCACUGAAAUUUGCAAGAUUUGUUUAGGUAUUGCUUCAAACGUCAUGGUUUCUUCUCGUUACGUAUCAUCUGUGAUCAUCUUCUGGAAUGACAUUCCAUAUCAACCUGCUUCCAUUGUUGAAGUGUUGGGUUUUGUUUUACUGUUGCGUCUCAGUUUUCUUUGUGUGGUCACCCCAAACAUGGCAUACAUGCCACUGUCAAACAUCCGGUUUGUGUGUGUGUCUGUGUUUAUGUUCUGUUACUUUAUUGAUGUGAAUUGGAGGGUGCGUCAGCGCAGCCAGUCUGAAAGCUGUGACCAUUCCUGCGCAUGUUUAUCAAAGUGAUUAAACACAACUUUCGAGAUGCUUUUUGUUGAUGUUUAUGGCAUUUUAGCACAGCAUGCCAAGGGGUUUGGGGUCCCUUUUAACUGUACCAUUAGGCAUUAGACGCAUUUUUGUGAGUCAUUCCAAUACUGUUUUUUUUUUUUUUUUCACAGGCAACGGCUUGAAAACAACUCAGUGAUGCAUUUGCUUUUAAUAAAUAUAAUAUAAAAGGUGGAACACAUGACUAUGAUCUGGAAUUGCACUCUUCAGAAAUGUGCUCUGACAUAAAGAAUUUCUUCUUUUCAAACUUUCCUCUCAGGCUGUCUGCAGCUCCGUGCAGUAUGUUAGGUCUCUACGUUUCUGUCGAUGGAGGCAAAAAAAAAAAAUGUAAUUGCAAACAGCAACGUGACUGUUUC